UUCCCCUCCCUGGUUCCGCUCUCACUCCCUCAGUACGCAAACAGCGCCUGAAACCCUAGCUCGUUCCGCCGCAAUCAGAAGAGGGAUCCGCUCACAUGGCUGGCCAGCGUAGCCGCAUCCGCCGCCAGCGCGCUAAGGCUCGGUUGGAUCCGGGGGUGGAGGUGGAGGUGGAGGCGGAGGGGGCAGGGAGGGUGCCAGAGGUCGACGGGGAGGUCGUAACUGCUGCCGACUCGCCACAGAAGGCCUCCCCUUCGUCCAGCUCCUCCGGGUCAUCUUCCGAUCGCGUCGUCCAGCGCAAAGUCCCUCUCUCCAAGUUGAGCCAAUCGGCACCCAAAGAGGAACCGCGGAGGACACCAGAUCUCCGGGUUCUGCGGCGGCGCCUGAUUGGCCAGAUCCGCAGCCACUACCUCGAUGCCAUCUCCCGCCUGCCCACCACCGAGCUCAACAGUACCUUAGCGCGCGGCCUCCUCAUCGCGGGUCUCUGCUACGGCCCUCUACACCCCGUCCACAACAUCAUCGUCAAUUCCGUCUGGUAUUCGGCCGCUUUUCCCAUGCGCUCCAGCGACCGGAUCGACACCGCCUUCAUCAGCAACUGUACCAUACGCCGCCUAGUUCAGCGCUCGCUUGAUGGAUUGGUUGCCUCACUUCGCCAUCUCUGUCCUGCCCUCUCCGAUGACGAUGCCCUUUGGCACCUCAGUCUCUCCCGCGCUGACCUCCGUGCUGCUGUUGCCUCCGCACGUGGUGCUGCACCGUCGUUGUUCCGUCUGACGGCAUCGGAGCUGGAGGCCGCCUUUCAAGCGGCUGACAAGGCGGCGCGGAAUCUCAAACCUGCUGCCCUUGCACUCUUUGCUUCUUCUGUUUUGCUUUCUGUGGAACGUACGCUGUCUCGCUGCUCAACAACAAACGCUGGCUUUCCUCAGCUGACAUUCUGCGCCUCUCCACCAUGUUGCUGCCUUCCCCACUACUAGAUGAUUUGCCACACCCUCCUCUUGAAGAAGAGCGGUUCAUAGCGGCCUUUAAGCUCAUCACCAGAAAGAGGAACCUUCUCAUAAGAUGGUACAGACGGUGGGUUGAAUUAGCAGAUGCAGCGUUGCACAAGUAUGCCCAGCAAACUGGGGCACAUUAUCAGCUUCAUAUCAUAUAUGGCAUUGGUUCUGUACAUGAUGAGUUCAAUAUGGAUCAUUCUUUUCAUAUUAGUUUUAUGGCGUGGCCUAAGGAUCCUUCCCGUGCUAGAGAAGCUCCUGUGUUUUUCUUUGCUGAAGCACUUCUGUCUGGCUCCGACUUUUGUGAAGAGGACAUCACAUUGUGCUGUAUAGUGCAGCCAUCACCAAGUGAAGUUGAUAGAUGCCAUACAUGUCUCGGAAAGUUUCAAAUUGACCACCCUGGUGAUUCCGAGAGCUUUGCUGGUGGGCAGUACUACAUCGUGGAUGGAAUAAGCAAAGACCUGGAUUGCCCCAUGACGAGUGAUGCUGACUACAGAUGUUUCAACCCUGUCAGGGACAUUGGUUUAGUGGAGUACUUGGAUCAGGAUUUUGCCCGUUACGUAUCGUCUUCACCUUGGCAUCGACGACAUAAAGAAGAGAUUGAUGUAGCUAUCUUAGAUUAUUGCAGCCGGAUUAUGUGAUCUGUUAUGGUUGUUAAUUGUUGGUCUUCUCCUACAUUACUGUUAUGUAUAAAUGUUGUCAAAUUAAGAGACUGCUGUUGUUUUGUGAAAAA